AUGGCUUACGCAGCCGUUAUUCAGAAACUCAUAUACUCAAGCGGACCAUGCUAUGAGUACCCUCUGGAAUGCGACGCGUCAAACAACGGCACUAUUCACAACAGGGUCAACGUAUUGAUUCAGAUACCUCUCUAUUUUAUUCUCGCCGUCGCCGAAAUUCUCGGCUUUGUCUCGGCGCUUGAGUACUCGUAUUCGAAAGCCCCGAAGGAGAUGAAAGCGAUCGUACAGGCCUUCACGCAAUUGAUGUCUGGGUUGGGUGCUGCGCUUGGUAUUGCGUUAACGCCCGCUGCCGUAAAUCCCCAAUUGAUUUGGCUGUAUACAGCGCUCGCUACUGUUAUGGCUGCAACGGCCUUGUGCUGCUGGUGGUGCUUUCGGAAAUAUGAUUAA